UCCGAGGCAGGGGUUUGCUCACUUCAAUGGAGUUGGGUACGAGUCGCCGCCGGCGUUCCUCCGAGCCAGGCUCUGCCGGCGGAGCGGACUACCUCAGCGCCCUCCCCGAAGAUCUCCUCCUCCUGGUCCUCGCCCGCCUCGGCUGCGCCGCCGCCGCCGCGCGCACCGGCCUCGUCUCCCGCCGAUGGCGCGGCCUGUGGGCCCGCCUCCGCGAUCUCGCCUUCCAGGGCGUCGCCUUCCCGUCGCUCCAGGUGGCGCUCGGCCGCGUAGCCCGCCCCCCUCCCGCGGUCUCCCUCCUCGAGAUCCGCGUCUCCGAUGAACACCUGCCCAUCUUCGACGCCGAUGACGUCACAUCGGUGCUGCGCGCUGCCGCACUGCUCGCGCCGGAGAAGCUCGUCUUCGCCCUCCCGUGGGACCCAGAUCCGGCUCCCACAGAGGUCGACCUGCCGUGCUUCCACCGCGCCACCUCGAUCGUGCUGGAGAGGAUCCCCUUCCUCCUCCGCACACCGGCUGCCGGGGCCGAGUUCCCCACCCUCCGCACGCUGUCUGAUGUGGACCGAACCCCGUGCGGUACAACAGUACGUAUGGCCAUAUCACUGUCCCUCAGGGACUGCAAAAUUGAGAGCAUCAGCGCCUUUAUCUCGUUCUGCCCACACCUGCGCGUGCUCGGUCUCGAGGGCAUUUGGGUCGGCGACGACCUCGGCGCCUUGCUCUCCCUCUGCCCACACCUGCGCGCGCUCAGGCUCAAGAAGCCCGUUUGUCUGGGCGAUGACGACUGGACAGUCCACUCAACGUCACUGCAGGAGCUUGUCAUGGACGGCAAGAAUUUAUGGGCACGGCGGGUCGACAUUGUUGCCCCCAUGCUCAAGCAGUUGACGCUGUCCUUACACGCCUACAAUCAAGUGACCAUCUCCAUCGUGGCACCAAUGCUGGAGAACGUCUCGUGGCAAUGCCUCUAUGCCAAGGGAAUUAUUGGGUUUGGUCUUUGGACCCUGGAGAAGCUGAGCCUGCAUACCGCAGAGAAACAGGGGCAGCUCUCUUCGCUGCAGAUUCAUGCCUGCAAUAGCUGGUUUACCUUUUCCGAUGAAGAGACCAACUUCGCACAGGAGAUAGAGAAGCAUAUGAUUGUCGACUUCUCUGCUUUGGAGCUGCAUUUGUCAGCAAUGGGCCAUGUUUCUGGAGCAUUUGUGUCGCAUCUUCUUGGGUUGAAUCGGAUUCGUAGCGCCAUACGGAGGCUUAAGGUCGCCCUUCUGAGAUUAGAGGAGGAAGAAACCUGCCCUGCAAAUUGUCCUUGUGAGUGUACGAACUGGAGGAGACAAAUUAUCUCCUUGACUGCUCUUGAAGAAGUAGAAAUACAUGGCUUCAGAGGAGAUGCUCAUGAGCUUGAUUUCUUGAAACUAAUAUUCAGCUGUGCACCAAUGCUUAAAAGGAUGAUUGUGAGGCUGCCAGGUGAGGUCUCGUCAAGUAAUGAUAGAUGCACGGAAAUAUAUGACAUCUUCAGGGGGUAUUCUUCUGUGAAAUGCAAUGUUUAUCUCAGCUCUGGUAAGUACAUGUUCUGCAUGCUUGAUUUGUAUGCUCUUUGA